AUGUCUGAUCAAAUUGAUAAAGUUAAACAACAAAUUAAUCAACAAAUUCCAAAAACAAAUAAAAAAUUUGAUUCAAAAUCUUUAAAUCAUUUAAAUCAAUAUUCAAUUGUUAAAUAUUUUUUAAAUAUAAUUUUACAAUUUUCAAUAAUUCAAAUUUUAUAUAAACAAUUAAUUUUACCAAUUUAUAAUUUUAUUAAUAUAAAUAUUAUUUCAAUUACUCCAAUUUAUAAUUUAUUUACAUUAUUUGAUUCAAUUAUAAAUGAAAUUUUAAUUAAAUUUGAUUAUUAUUUUUUAAAUUUACCUCAACAACAAUUACAAAAUUUUGAAAAAAAUUUUAUAAAACCAAUUAAUUCAAAAAUUAUUGAAAUAAAUAAUCAUUAUUUAACUCCAUUAGAAAAUAAAACAGAAGAUGGUAUAUUUCAAAUUUUUUAUACUUUAAAAUCAAUUUUAUUAAAUAUUACUUCAACAACAAUAAACAAAGGAGAUGAAAUUCAAAAAACAAUUUCUUCAACUUUUAACAAAGAAUUACAACAACAAAAUUCAAAAGAUUUAAAUUUUGUAAAUAAAAAUAUUAAUGCUUCAAUAAAUACUUUCAACAAAACUUAUAAUACUUUUAAUGAAGAAGUUUUAAUACCAAUAAAACAACAAACUCAAGAAUUAUAUGCAAGUGGUUAUAAACGUGGAGAAAAUUUAAUUGCUGAUACAAAAGAAAAAAUUAAUCCAAAAUUAGAAGAAUAUAAAACAAAAGCUGAAAAUAUUAUUAAUAAUAAUACUCCUGUACAAGUAUCUGGUUAA